UUCGUUACUCUUCCUACUAAGUGCUGUAUCAUCUAAGAUCAUUCAGAGGAGAUGCGUGGGGUGCUAGCUGUUAGCAGUGUUGGUUGCUGAAAGAGAGAGGCACAGGAGAAGAGAGGAGGAUGCCGGCCCCCCUCAGGAUGAGGAGGAGGGGGGCCUGCAGGUCAGCUAUCCCGUCUCUCUCCACCAUCGCUGAGGAAGAAGAGGGACAGCGGAGCUGCAAGAGACGAGGGAAAGGAGGAGGCUCUGACUACCUUCUUAGAGCAGAUGAGAAGUCGUCAUGGAGUCAGCCAGACUCCUCUGCGUCUGGACAGUACACCUACACCAUUCCCAGCCCUACAGACAUACACAUCGUUACCAGACCAGAGCCUCUCACGCUGAAGAUCGAUGAAAGGCAGAGACUCGCCCGUGAACGAAGGGAGGAGCUGGAGAAGCAGAAUGCUGUACGGGAUUCCAAGUGGAUUGAGAGAGAGGAGAGAUCCAGACAGUUUCAUGAGAGACAGCUGGAAGAGCGCAGGAAAAAGCUUGAUGAGCAGCGGGAUAAAGAAGAUAGGAGACGUGCUGCUGUGGAGGAGAAACGACGGCAGAAACUGGAGGAGGAGAAGGUCCGGAAUGAGGCUGUUAUCAGGAGGACCAUGGAGAGGAGUCAGAGAGUCAGGCCGAAGUCCAACCGCUGGAGCUGGGGUGGAACAAUCUCUACUAGCACCUCACACAUCAGCGAUACUGACAGAAGGACAGUCUCUACUAUGAAUCUGUCCAAACCCACAGACCCAGUCAUUUCAAAACGCCUGUCAUAUUCCUCAGCCACCUUGCUGAAUUCACCAGAUAGAGCCUUACAGAAGCAGACAUCUCUCUCGUCGUCUUGCUUGAUUAAAAAAACACAAUCUAAAUCCCAAAUCUCCAAAGAGAAGAUCCCUCAGGACAAAUCAGCAGGUACGCGUCGCAUGCCUCUUACCCCAUGGGAGAAUACAAUGAUCAAUCGACUACAGACACCAACACAAUCCUACCUGGCCAGGAGUCGCAGCGCCAUGUCUUUGUCUGGAGAAGCAGUGACCCACGUUUGUCCUCGCUCAGCCUCCUGUCACCCAGUGAGCUCCAUGUCCUUCAAGUCCAUCCAGUCACGCAGCGCUGAGCGACCAAUCAAAGCAGGCCUUACUUUUGAGAGACCAGUCAGAGCAGGGUAUAUCCCUCCAGAUAGCAGCACUCGCAGAAAGACCACCCAGAUUCUCCCGAUUGACAGGAAGGAUAAAGACAAUGUGAGAAAGUCGUGGAGUAACCUGUCAUAUCCCACUAGCAGUCUGAGCCUGUUCACACCCAAGAGAUCUCCUUCACCUGCCGGUCAUCGCUGCAGGGUCACCAAUCCUUCCCCCACCAGGGGCUCUACUAAACCUCUUCAGAAGACACCUAACCUGAAAAAGUCCAGGUCUCCUCCUCCACCAACAUCAAUUCCUCUGUCUCCCAGUAACCCAUCCUCAUCAUCAGGCAAUCUCAGGCCCAACAGAGUGACAUCCGAGAGCCCGAGAGUUACCCCAGAAGGAGAGGGGGCCAAAAAAGAGGAUGUUGAACCUCCUAAAGUUAAACCUGAGGCUCCUACAACUAAAUCAGAACCAUCUCCUGAAAGUUCAGGAAGUUCUCCAACUACACGGCCCUCUGCAGGCACAACAGAUCCUGAGGAGGCAUCACGACUGCUGGCUGAGAAGCGACGGCAGGCCAGAGAACAGAGAGAGAGAGAAGAAGAGGAGAAAAGACUGCAGGAAGAGGCUGAAAGGCGUAGCAGGGAGGAAAUGGCCCGCAGGAAGGCAGAGGAACGAGCAAAGAGAGAGGAGGAGGCACAGCGGCAGGCCGAAGAGAAGAAGAGACAAGAGGAGGAGGAGGCAAAGCGUUUAGAGGAGGAGAAAGCUCAGAAGGAGAAAGAGGAAGCGGAGCGCCUGCAGAGACAGAAAGAGGAAGAGGAGGCCCGUCAGAGAGAAGAGGCAGAGCGUCUGCGUCUAGAGAGAGAGAAACACUUCCAGAAAGAGGAGGCGGAGAGAAUGGAGAGGAAGAAACGCCUUGAGGAAAUUAUGAAACGCACACGCCGAUCUGAUCAGAAAACCACCCCACAGAGAAAUGGCGAGGGAAGCCAGCAGAGCGGACAGAAUUCAGCGAGUUCAGUGUCCAGCAGCCCUUCAGUAAGCAUGUCGGCCCCUCAGGCUCCAGAGAUCUCUGAGACCAUACGCAGUGACAGCAACGGACACAUGGGGACCAGCUUCAUUACACCCAAACUGCCCACAUCAGGUCACAGUGUGACUGCCCUGCUCAGAGAAAACGGCACUGUCACAGAGGCCUUCGAGGAAGUCAUAGACGUUCCCACGGGGUCCAAACUGUCCCGUCAAGAUGGAGACGGAGAGGAGGUGGAAAAUGAAGAGGAGGAGAGGAGAAAGGUUCCCUUGUUGGCUUUCAGAGAGAACGGCAGCAUGCAUGAUGUGAGCGGACUGGAGGAAAACCUAGCACAGUAGAGUUCAGGUCAGUCAGUCAGCCUGGACACAACAUGGAUUUGGGGUGACAUGCGAUGGCCCUUUUAUCUUAUUUAGAUGUUUAAACAUUUAUAAGGAAGGAAGUGCAACCUGCAACACAGGACUGAAAGAAACCCGAAAACCUCACUGUACUUCCUUUCAACUGACACUUAGAUGCCUAAAAUAGCAAGAGAAAUUACGAAAUUAAUCUCUCUUGGCUUCUACUUCCUGUAAUCGGCUCCUGUCUCCUCAAACUGAAGUGGUGCACCUUAGGAACCACAUCUUCUGUUUUUUUGGGGGGGGACCACCGUCGUGGUGACUAAAGUCACGUCUAAUACUUGAAGAAAAGUGUCGUCGCUGUGGUGGAAGCUCCGGUGAAGUGCUAGCCAUAAGGAAUGUGUGACAAGAGAAUGAUGUUUGUUGUGUUUGCAUAGAUUUAUGGAAAAACCUUGUAGUUUUGCUCGCGUUUUGCCAGCAAUCGAGUGGCUGAACUCUAUGCUUAGUUUUAUAAUUAUUGUUCAAAUGAAGAGAACAUAUUUUCUUCCCACUUUGCAAAGCUUGAAUAGAUUUUUGUCUCUUGAAUUAUGAAUUUUGCUCUGGUUUGCUAAGACCAUCUCAUUCCGUCCCAAUGUACGAGUGUCUGCGCAAUCCAAGUGAAGUAAAACUCUUGGCCUAAAAUUGUAUAGUUUUUUUCUGACAUAAUUGGGUGAAUUGAAUGUACUCCGCAACAUAUCCAUGAUAUAUUUAACUCAAAAUUAAAAGGAAAAGGUAUUUUCUUUCAGUGUUAAAUCAAUGUUAAAAUUAGGCACACCCAUCAAUUUCUCAUAACAGUAAUUGUAGGGAAAAAAUUAUAUAUUGUGUAAAGUGUGAGGUCUUUAUACAUGAUAUUUCUUCUGCCCAUAAUUAAUGCUGAUUGAAAUAAAACAAUUUUAAAAUGUUUUUCCCCCUCUAGAUUUUGGGUUGAAAUGUAACUUGGAUGUGUUUUUGUGAGAUUCAUGCUGCUGUUGUUUCGUGUAGCUUUAAUCACAGACAUCCCAAAGCAACUUGAACUAUAGAUAUUUAUGAAAUGUAAUGUCUAUUUCAGUGAUGGAACCCAUGCAACCUAAUUGUUUAAGCACUUUCAAAAGUAAUCAUAAUGUAAUAAAAAAAAUAAGCAGAAUCUUCUCAAAUUUAAAUGCUGCUACGUCUUUCCUUUGCCUUAUCAGAUGAAAUGAAGUUUAGAGGAUUUGUUAAAGGGCUGUUUGUUUUUGAAAAACCCUGUUCAUCAAUAACCUUGUAGUUCAUGCUGUGAGUCCUGCUGCAUCAUGUAGCUGUUUUCAUCCAAGCCCUAUAAGAGACACAGCCGUUAAUAUUUAAUAGGGCUUUUGGAAAACCAAGUAUCCUAUAGGACACAUCAUAAAGCAGUUUAUCUUGUAAACAACAUAAGACUAUCUCAGUUUGUUUUUAAUGUAAUCUACAUCAGUGGAUUCUCAGUGGACACCAAGCAAAAAAAAAAAAAAAGA